AUGCACGUUUACUGGAUUUAUCCAAGUGGGCGAGUAGGAUCUGUUAACAUGAAUUCCUUACAAAGAAAUGUUAGGCUUUUAAGCUGUAAUGUUGAUGGCAAAACUCGUGCAGUUUUGAUAGAUACGACUAUCCAUUAUAUAAAUACAUCACCUUCACCAUCAUCUGCAUCAAAUAAAAAACGAAAUGCUAUGGAACACCUUUUUCCUGGUGUAGACGUGCCUCUGUGUGUUGAUAAAUCGACAAAUAUUCUCGAAGUGUUGAAGUUAGCGACCCGUACAUUUGAUCAAGCAACUAUUACACGAGCAUCGACUCGCGCAUAUAAAGAAUCUAACCAUUUGCGUGUGGACUGA